AUGGCCCUCUACGGGGCGCCAAUAUGGGCGGACACCCUGAGAUCUAAAAGUGAGGCCCUUCUGCGUCGUCCUCAACGAGCUAUAGUUCUCAGGGUGGCUCGAGCGUACCGCGACAAUUCGUACGCGGCAGCUAGCCUACUAGCCGGAAGCCCGCCGUGGGACCUUGAAGCCAAGGUUCAAACCGCGGUCUAUUGGCGGGUGACGGCAGCAAGGAGGGAAGAGAACUGGCCUGCCCCUCAAGAAAUCCAAAAGUGGAGAGAAGAAGCACGAGAAGUGCUCUUCGAGCGUUUGGAGAUCCCGGGAGCUAGCCGGGAACCAGAAAGAAGCGGCCGCUGUUCGGCCCGUUCUAAAAGAAUGGGUGGAACAGCAGUGGACACGGCCCAACACACGCGCGAAGAGUGCCCUGCUUGGGAUGAGCCUCGCGCUGCCCUGUUCACGGUUAUAGGGGGUGAUCUCUCACUGCCGGCGCUAAUACGCCAUAUGCUUAGCAGUGAAGAGGAGUGGGAGGCAGUGACCACCUUUAGCGUCAUUGUCAUGACGCAAAAGGAGGCCGCCGAAAAAGUGCGCGAGCUCAGCGCCGCAGAAGGCCAGGCAGGCGGCGAAGAGUCUUCGCAGAGACUGAUGCCGCCCUAA